AUGCAUGUCCUGUCACAGCACUCGGUACAGCCUGUCAUCUGCUGUCCCCUUUGCCAGGACGUCCUCAGCAACAAAAUGCACCUCCAGCUGCAUCUGACGCAUUUGCACAGUGUGUCUCCGGAUUGUGUGGAGAAGCUGCUUAUGACAGUGCCUGUCCCUGAUGUGAUGAUGCCCAACAGUCUGCUACUGCCAGCAGCCGCCUCUGAGAAAUCAGAACGGGACACACCUGCAGCCAUCACAGCUGAGGGGCCUGGGAAAUAUUCAGGUGAAAGUCCCAUGGAUGACAAAAGUAUGGCGGGUCUUGACGACUCAAAGGCUAUCAUGGAAAUAAAGAGUGAGGAGCAGAAACCGACAAAAGAACCCACAGAAGCGUCAGAGUGGAAUAAAAACAGCAGUAAGGAUGGGAAGAUCUCUGACCCACUGCAAGAUCAGUUAAGCGAACAGCAAAAAAGGCAACCACUCUCUGUUUCAGACCGCCACGUUUAUAAGUAUCGCUGUAACCACUGCAGCUUGGCUUUUAAGACUAUGCAGAAGCUUCAGAUACAUUCCCAGUAUCAUGCGAUUCGGGCCGCGACAAUGUGUAAUCUCUGCCAGCGUAGUUUCCGUACAUUCCAGGCUUUAAAAAAACACUUGGAAGCUGGCCACCCCGAACUGAGUGAAGCUGAACUUCAACAGCUGUAUGCCUCCUUGCCUGUGAAUGGUGAACUGUGGGCAGAGAGUGAAACGAUGGCCCAGGAUGACCAUGCCCUAGAGCAGGAAAUGGAGAGAGAGUACGAGGUGGACCACGAAGGGAAGGCAAGUCCUGUAGGAAGUGACAGUAGCUCUAUUCCAGAUGACAUGGGCUCUGAACCAAAGCGGACCUUACCUUUUAGAAAAGGGCCAAAUUUUACAAUGGAAAAAUUCCUCGAUCCAUCUCGCCCAUAUAAAUGUACAGUGUGUAAAGAGUCGUUCACCCAAAAGAACAUUCUCUUGGUCCAUUAUAAUUCAGUUUCUCACCUGCAUAAGUUGAAAAAGGUUUUGCAGGAAGCCUCCAGUCCGGUUCCUCAAGAAACCAACAGCAGCACAGAUAACAAACCCUACAAGUGCAGCAUCUGCAAUGUUGCGUACAGCCAAAGCUCGACCUUGGAAAUCCAUAUGAGGUCCGUGCUCCACCAGACAAAGGCUAGGGCUGCAAAGCUGGAGCCCAGCAGCCACGUGGUCAGUGGGCACAGCACCGCCAACGUUAGCAGUCCUGGCCAAGGGAUGUUAGAUUCCAUGAGUUUGGCAGGAGUAAGCAGCAAAGACACCCACUUAGAUGCCAAAGAAUUAAAUAAAAAGCAAACUCCGGAGUUAAUCUCUGCUCAACCUGCUCAUCACCCACCACAGUCACCAGCGCAGAUUCAGAUGCAGCUGCAGCACGAGUUGCAACAGCAGGCUGCGUUCUUUCAGCCUCAGUUUCUCAACCCUGCCUUUUUGCCUCACUUUCCUAUGACCCCAGAAGCGCUGCUGCAGUUUCAGCAGCCUCAGUUUCUCUUUCCGUUCUACAUCCCCGGGACCGAGUUCAGCUUGGGGCCUGAUUUGGGCUUGCCUGGCUCUGCAGCAUUUGGGAUGCCGGGCAUGACCGGAAUGGCCGGAUCCUUGCUUGAAGACUUGAAGCAGCAGAUUCAAACCCAACAUCAUGUUGGCCAAACCCAACUCCAAAUACUCCAGCAACAAGCACAACAGUACCAGGCCACACAGCCUCAGCUGCAGUCCCAAAAGCCACAGCAGCAGCCCCAGCCCCAGCCGCAACAGCAGCAGGCCAGCAAAUUACUGAAACAAGAGCAGACCACUUUGGCCAGUGCUGAGUGCCCGAUCAUUAAGGACAUACCCUCUUUCAAGGAGGCAGAAGAGAUGGUGGAAAAGCAAGACAAGCCAAAGCAAGAAGUUAUAAGUGAAGGCGAAGGGCUCAAAGAAGGCAAAGACGGAAAGAAGCAAAAAUCCUUGGAACCAUCCAUCCUGCCGCCCCGAAUCGCUUCAGGGGCCAGAGGAAAUGCAGCCAAAGCAUUACUGGAAAACUUCGGUUUUGAGCUGGUUAUUCAGUAUAAUGAGAACAGGCAGAAGGUACAGAAGAAGGGCAAAAGCGGUGAAGGUGAAAGCACUGAGAAGCUGGAAUGCGGAACGUGUGGGAAAUUGUUUUCCAAUGUUCUUAUUCUAAAGAGUCACCAGGAACAUGUACAUGGCCAGUUUUUCCCAUACGGAGCACUGGAAAAAUUUGCUCGUCAGUACAGGGAGGCCUAUGACAAGCUUUAUCCGAUUUCACCCUCUUCUCCAGAAACGCCGCCUCCCCCGCCGCCGCCACCCCCGCUGCCUCCAGCUCCUCCGCAGCCUGCUUCCCUGGGGCCGGUGAAACUCCCAAGCACCGUGUCUACGCCAAUACAAGCCCCACCGCCCACUCCCCCGCCCCCACCCCCGUCCAGCUGCCAGUGUCUUUGGACCUUCCCCUCUUUCCUUCCAUCAUGA